AUGAGCUUUAUUGAUGGUGGAUGCCUUCCUUAUGAAUCUGAUAAUCCAUGUUCAAAACCUUUAACUACCAAUAAUUUUACUGAACGAAUGAAUAAAUCAUUAGAAAAUCAACAUGGCAAUACAAAAACAGUAGCAGAUUUUGUUGAAAAUCUUUAUAGUAUUCAAAAAAUACAUUCUACACUAUCUGAAAAGAAUUCAGGUCAAUUAAAUUUUCAUACUGGUCUUGUAACAUAUUGGAAUACUUGUACACUAGAUCAUGAAAAUGAAGAGUAUCACUUUGCAAUUGACAAGAAACGACGAUUAAAUCAGGGGAGAUAUUAUGUACUUUGUGGAUGGAUUAAAAAUAUUGAAAAUUCUAAUUAUUUUUAUGUUAAGAAAGGAAAUAACUCAUUUCGUUCACUAUAUAAUUCAGCACCAAUAAAAAUUAAUCGUGAAAUUCAAUUAGAAAUUGAUAAAAUAGUUGGAAAACUUGCUUCAAAGCAUAAUAUAGAAAUUCCAUCACAAUAUUAUUUAGUUAAUAUUCAAUCUGAAGAGUCAACAAUAAAAUCAAAUUUUAUUCAAUACUUCUGGAAUAAAGAAAAGGCACUUCCAGCAAAUGCAAAAAAUUAUAUUAUUUAUAGUGGAGUAGAAGAUGAAGCAUUUCAAGAAAUUGUUAGCCUUUAUAAUGAAGUAGGAGAUGCUAUUUUUUAUCCAUAUAAGCGGCAAUUAGCAGAAAAAGAUCCUUUUAGACCACUUGAAUUAUCUGAGUGCAAUACUAUGACAUAUGGAUCUCCCAAAAUACAUGGAGCAAAAAAAUGCAGCCCAACUUAUCCGAUAUUAGAAAUGCAUUUAGAACAUUAUGAGGAGAAUUUUAAUAGUUUAAAUAAACAGCAAAUACAGAAAGAGAUUCUACCACUUCAAGAAAAAUAUGUACAUUCAAAUACUUCAAAUUCUCAAACUAUUCAAGCAACACUUCCUCAUUCUAUUCAACGUAGAAAUACUACAAGAAUUCGUAAUCUAAAACGUGAUAUACAAAAGAAUAUAGAAAAUAUCAAUUUAGUGAAUUUGCCUCAAAAACAUAAGCAUGUAAAUGAUACUCAAGAAACAUUAGAGGCAAUAUUUCUUGAGCAAGGCAUAACUUGGAAACCACGUGCAUUUACUAAUUUCUGCAUUAGCAAGAAUAUUCAUUUAGCUAAUAAUCCUGUAGUAAAUGAUAGGCUAAUUUAUAGUUGGAUUAGUAGACCUCCAAUACGAUCAAUUAAUAAAAAUUGUACCCAAUUAAUGAUGAAAUAUUGUGCUUUGCAAAAAAGAUGUAAAUCUGCUGUCAUGAGAAAAACAGAGAUUCUUUAUAUAAACAAUUAA